AUGGGGUCCAAUCAAAGUGUCAACAAGCCUACAGAGGGCACGAAUUUUCCGUCUGAAACACCAACUGAAAGUGAGACCAAGCCAAGACGACAGAAACAACCACCUCCAAAUCUCUCAGGUCCAGCUCUAGUUGAAUGGAAAUGUCGAAAACGAAAAAAGGCAUGGAAUAGUUGUGUUGGUGGUUGGUACAAUGAUAGGUUUCUACCUGGUAAAGCGCUAGAAGAUGAGAGAAGUGAACAGAAUUGUGAUGAACUAUUUGAAAAGUUUCGCCAUUGCUACAUGCGUGGUAUGCUGACAGAACAAAAGAAAAAAGGAUUGAAGGUAGAAGAGGGGUCCAUGCUUGCAGAAUUUGCUGAGGAAGAAGGGAUGAAAACAGAAAGUGAUAAAUGA